UUUAGCGCACGCGGAAGUGGACAAUCAAUUUCCUUUUCCUAUAAUUUUUCAAAUAAACAUUUGAUAAAGUUCGUGAGAACUCAAAAGUUGUUUUAAAAAGUUGUUUUUUGUUCUAAAUACUCGUGUUUACUUUUAUUUGUGUCUGAUAAAAUGGAAGUGACGGACUUGAAUGAAUUGCUGAGUGUGCGUUCAAUUAAAAUGGAAACGGGAAAUAAUUUCGUUGAUGAUGAAAAUGUUGACGACGGUGAUCCCUUAUCUAUGAUUCCCCAAUAUGUAACAGAUUCAGAUUUGGGUCUAAUUCAAACUGGUUCAGAGAUCCUAGAAGCUGCACCGUUAGAAGUCUUUACAGAUACACCAGACGAUGAAGAUGCUCUUCCAGGCACAGAUACUUUUGAAGAAAUAGUACAAAUAAUGGAUAUUAGGACAAAGUUGUCACAGUUAAGGACAAUGCUGGAGCAAAGACUGAACUUAAAUCUAUCUGAUUAUACUUUUUGGCUGCAAGAUGCAAAAAUGUUGGAGAGCCACAAAACACUAGUCGAGCAAUGUAUAAGAGGAUCCGGGGUUGUUCAAGUAAACAUACAACUUCACCCGGCUCAAAAAAAGAUUAAUAUCGUCGAUGUAUUAAAACCUGAUGAUGAGUUACUGCAGUUACCGACGGUUGAAGAUGAUCUCGAAACAGCAUCAGUCCCAAUAGCAGAAACGCACAUAGCUGAAGAGGUAGAAACUGUUCAGGAAAUGGAAACUAAUGAAGCAGAGGUGUCUUCACCACACGCGGUAGCUGUGAAGUGGUUUGUGGAUGAACACUUUAAAUCUGAACACGCUAAGGCGAAAAUACCAGAUGAUCCUUUGAAUUGGUCGGUACAACACGUCAAGCUCUGGAUACAAUGGGCCGUGCGACAGUUCAAUUUGACAGGUGUUAAACUCUCCGCGUGGAAUAUCACCGGGCGGGAUCUUUGUAAUAUUACACAUUUGGAUUUUAAAGAAAAAGUUCCAUCCGAUCCAGGAGAUAUAUUUUGGACGCAUUUAGAACUAUUAAGGAAAUGUAAAUUUAUCGCUGUGAUACAAAAUAAUGAAGCGCCUCAAACCAAAGAAGUAUUAGGAACUCCACAAUGCGCUAUCAAGAGGAAACCGAAUAAGGUAAUAAUAUGCCCGCCAAAUAGUGAAGACUGGUCCCGUAUGUCGCCUAGAACGGGCAAUAACGGGCAAGUGCAAUUAUGGCAGUUCCUGCUCGAGCUGCUCACCAGUGCUGAACACUAUGACCUUAUACGGUGGGAAGGUACAAGUGGCGAGUUCAAACUCUUAGACCCCGAAAGAGUAGCGACAUUAUGGGGUAUACGGAAACACAAGCCGGCGAUGAAUUAUGAGAAAUUAUCACGCGCUUUACGAUACUACUAUGACGGGGACAUGAUCGCCAAAGUACCUGGAAAGAGGUUCGUCUACAAAUUUGUAUGCGAUUUGCGACAAUUAUUAGGAUACGAUGCGGCAGAGUUGGCCGAACUAGUCAAAGAGCUUCACGACACAAUAACAAACUCAUAAGGUUAACUCACGAUAAAAUUGUUAACUAUGUUAUGUUUGGUUAAGUUUUUUAUAUGUAUUCUGUUUGCGAUAUUAUAUGACAAUACUAUACAAUUUGAAUGGAAAAUUAAAUGCAGUGUGCAUUACAGGAUCUAGUAUAGGAUGAUGUCGUUUUUGAUUGUGAUUGGUCAAUAGUCAUUGAAUUUCAAUAAAUAAUAAAAAAAAAAAACAACUAUUUAAAAAUAAUUUUCCAUUCGUUGCUUGUUAGCGAAAUUUGUGACAGAUAUAAUAAUAAUUGGAUAAAUUUUAGACUUUUGUAACAUUACUAAAGCCGUUAAUUUCUGUGGCCAUACAAUUUUUUUUUACAAUAUGUUUGAUCUACAGGGUGUCUUUGAACACGAGGGCUUCUUCAAGCUCUCUCUGCUUGUUUCAAUCUCUGGAAACUUAUGGCCAUACAACCAAAUUUUUCUUUUAAUUUUUUUUUCACGAAUUAAAUUUUUUAUUAUAAUUUAAUACCAUUGAUAUCAAAUUAAUAUUAUUAGCUCAAAACCGUUUUAUGCUUUAUUUUAUUUGCCAAGAUUAAAAGACCCACAAAUUACAAAGUAUUUUAUAGUCUGUAGUAAUUUCAUAAUCUUUAUUGAAGCAAUGAUGUUAGUGUCAGCUGCCAUUGUUUCGACAAACAUAUUCUAUAUCACAAAAAAAUUACUGACCGAUCAAUCUCCUUCGUGCCUUCACCAUCUACACAUUUUAUUCAAUUAUUAAUAUGGCUAAAAAAAACAAAAAACUCAUCCUUGCCUAGUAUUUCCUGGUGCUUGGUCAAAAUGGUCGUUUCUAACCUUCCUCUUCAUACCCGACACGAUUUGAACGAUCACAGUCGAAUUUUAUACGAUAGCUGUCCAUACCAAUCCUUAAAUCAAAGUAUAUAGAAAGUUAAUUUCGAAAACGCUUUACCACUACCUGAUUGUAAAUAUUGUUAAUUAUUAUAGGUUUAUUAAUGCACAAUGCAUAAUUGUUCGACAGCUGGAUGUGUGUAUUGUAAAAGGUAUUCGAGUAGACUUCAUCAUGACAAAUGGGGAAAUGAACAUAUAAUCAUAUAAUCUGUAUGUCCCGUGUUCAAAAAAUUUUGACGAUUGACACACCGAAAUAAUACGGUACACGAACGCAAUGAAUUAUUGUAUACGUGAAAUCCGAAACGCUAUGUAGUUAUCUGAAUAUUUAUAAUGGUUAUAGAUUAAGUAAAUGUA